GACACACUCAAGCAAAGUUAUUUAUGCCUUUGUCUGCCCAUCUGUACAGCUGCAGAAUUUACUGGAACAAUUCAGGUUAAGUACCCGCCUGAGGGUACACCAGCUGACCCCGCCCAGGACCAACAACAGGCCUUUUGCCUUUAGCUGAUGGGUAAUAAGUUAUUUGACUGUUUAGUUUCAUUCUUCUGUUUUGUAGAUGAGUGAUGCAGGGGUCCUGUCUGCCUGUCGGGGAUUUUAUCCUGUAGAGCAAUACAGUUUUUGACCUACCUAGCUACACCCCCCCCGAUCUCAAUUUCCUUCACUUUGAUAUGGUUUUGAUAUGGCUUCCUCUGUGUGGGGGCAGAGGGGGGGCUCCCGGGGGUAGUUGUUUUAGAGGCUUAAACAGCAGAGAUGCUACUUGGACUGUCCCUUUUGUAAUUCCUGGCUUGUUUAGGGCUGGUCCUGAAGUGUGGGGCUUUGGUGAGUCUUACAGUCUCACGCGAAAGUGGUGGUAGAUUCCUGAGUAUCUCGGACCUGUGGCCUGGUGGCCCGUGUGUGAUGUCGUUGGUGUGUGUAUGUGAGGGGGGCAGCUGCCACAAAGAGGGUCGACUCUUCAGCUGUUCAGAAUGCGAUUCCUUGAGGGCUUAUGUUUGGAGGACAUGGUGUUUCCCCCCAAAUUCAGGAGUUAAUUUGCUUCUGAUGACCUUUGUGGGUUUGGGGUCAAAGGUUAAAGCGCGGCUGUCCGGAAGCCACUUUGUUAGCGCUAUACCACCGCUCAUUGAAGACACGUGUUUCCUGCAUGUUGAAUGAGUGUGAGCUGUUCGUGUUUAGAGAAAUGCAUUGUAGGGCUUCAGAAUAAUUAGUUUACUGGUGUCUUAUUGAGUUGCAUAAAAAUCAACAACAGAUGUCAUCUCGGUGGCAUGUUGUAACUUCAUCUCCUCAUCGGAUUAUAUUUUAAGCCACUUUUAUUCUUGCACUUUUAAAUUUACUGUAGACAAUUUGUGUGCCUCUUAGAGUAUUCAAGAUGGUCAAGCCCACACAGGUAGACUGGGGAGAGGUUCAGUAUGUAUGUAUGUAUGUGUGUAUGUAUGUGUGUAUGUGUGUGUGUUUGAUGAAUGUAAUUAGUCAUCAGGGAGGGUCAGUCAUAUUCUGCUGUGAGUUUUACACCCUGCCCAGCUGGCUGUGCUCCUCCCACACUGACCCAGUCAUCCAAUCAGAGCACAGUAGCAUGUAGGUAGGGGUGUGACUGUAGUGCUGCAUGCUCUGUGUGAAGUGUCUCAUCACAGCCGGGAUUGUAGGAGUGCAGGUGAGGUCUGUGCUUUAUGGUUGCUUUUUCUUUGUCCUGAGCUGUGUGGCCCUCAGUGUUGCUGUUAAACAUUCUCAUCAAAUGGGUCCAAGUGUGCAAAACUCCACCCUGGAUAUGGACAGUUAUCAUUCACCACUGUCACAGAAUGACAUUGGGGACGGCCUGUUCUAAUGUCGACUCCACCAGCCAGCAAAAUGUGAAAUUGCAGUGAUCAGAAAGGGUGAGAACGCUCAUAUGCUGGGAUUGUGUGUCGUGCAGAAAAGUCCCGUGCCAUUGAAUCCAGUACCGAGACCUACUCUCAGCUGUGUGACCUGAUGGUCCCUUGCACCGUGAGAAUGCCCCUCCAACUGAUCCUACGUCACCUUGCUGCGCUUCGCGUCGUCCUGCUCUUGACAGCGUGUGAUGAAGGGGACUCCAGAAAUAUCAACUUCCACAGUCUCAGGCCCCCGGUGGAUGCCACACCCUUCCCCCGGAGCUUUAAGUGCUUCACGUGUGAACAGGAGUCAGACAACUACAACUGCAACCGCUGGGCAGAGGAUAAGUGGUGCCCUGAGAACACCGGGUUCUGUUUGACAGUUCAUCAUUUCAGCAGUUACGGGAAGAGUAGGUCCGUCACCAAGCGGUGUGCAGCCAGAGAGGACUGCCUCACAGUGGGCUGCCGACACCACCGUGAUACGGACCACACCGAAUGCGUAUCCUGCUGUGAGGGCAUGGUGUGUAACGUGGAGGUCCCAACCAAUCACAGCAAUGCCGUGCUCGCCCUCAGACACGCCCAGAGCUCAUCUGUGCACCUCAUUCCUGCUUGGAAGCCUCCAUCUUUUGUUGCCUUGGUGACGUUGGCUGUACUAAUGCUGUGGUGAGAACUCCACCGUUACAUCCCAGGAUGCUAUGUUGACCUACAGCUAACCCAAGAAGUACAGCACAGGGUCAGGGUUCCAGGUGAAGGUAGAACCUGCGGCCGGCCAAUCAGAUUACAGCCGCUACAGAUGAUUGACUGCUGGAUCAGCCAAUUGAACUAAAGAAUGGUGAACUGCUAUAUUUCUGUCAAACACUGAAAAACUGGGAGCAGGUCAACAUCUUCAGGCCCUCUAAGGGAGGGGAGGGCCUUCUCCAAGGCAGUGGGUUUCAGCACCAACAGCCACAAAACUUGAGAUCUCCAAGUGGUCCUGCAGGGAAGUCGUAGGACUUCCAUCAGCAAGGCUGGUGUUAGAAGAGCAUCAAUGUUACUUGAAGAUGAGAAGAGGACAUCUGAUAGUGCCAGGGUGUUAGAAAUCCAGUGUGCAUUACUGCAGCCAAUAAAACACAUUUAGCACUUUGACAAAGGGCAGAAAACUGAGUAUCUGAAAUCACAUAUUUGUUUGCUACGUAGCAAGCAACAUAUAGAUUAUGCAACUUGAGAAGAACGUUCGAAUCCUGAUUUUGGAUAAGACAGGAGGUGAACGGUACAUGGAUGACAAACUACAUUCUGUGAAAUUCUGAAGUGUGUGGUCGAUGAACGCUCCGCUACCCCACAAGGCCACUGGACCAGAGAGGAGGAAUUUUGCUUUCUCAGAGAUUUGUGUCCAAGAAGGAGGAGGAACUGCCAUCUCCGUACACAUUUAGGUAGAAAACAAUGCCAAGUUCCGUAAUUUCACUUUAAUACGUAUUACUUUCACUAUGUCAUUUGUAAACAUCCGGGUCAAGUAAUAUGUGAGAUGGAAACCACAAAAAGUGCUUUCAUAUUGUUCUCAUGAAUAUGAGUAUUAGGCUUCUAACAACAUUCAGUAUGUACAAUGUAAGCAUGCGAUUUCAGAUGCACACUUAAUUAACAUGUCCUUUAAAAUUAAUGCAUAUAAUGACGAGUUCCUAAUCCUGUAAGACUCAAUGUUUAAUUAGGAAACUCCUUAAUUUAAAGCAAAAUUCUCACCUGUAAGUUCUCAGGAGUGAUAACACUUGUAAUAAAAGAGAAUGGCCUCUG